AUGGCCGUCGCCUAUUACAACUACAUAAGAAGAAAAAACCCAAACCUACAUCGCGAGCGCAUAUUUCGAGAUAUCGACAACCCGCUUGAUUGCCUAGAUGACACAGAUAUCAUCUGCUUCCCAAAUGUCAUAGGUGCAAUCGAUGGGACCCAUAUUAGAAUAAAAUCACCAUCUCUUGAUGAACACUUGUAUGUAAAUAGAAAAAACUACCAUUCCAUUAAUGUGCAGGCUGUGUGUGAUUCAAAGCUUAGAUUCGUGAACAUUGUAGCAAAAUGGCCAGGCAGCACAAACGACUCUUUCAUUCUAGAAAACAGUGCGUUGAAAGAUAUGUUUGAGAGGGGUGCAAUUCCUGAGGGGUUGCUCCUUGGUGACAGCGGCUAUCCCCUGCGGCCUUGGCUGCUCACUCCAGUGCUGAACCCAACAACCAGACCGGAGGAGAGAUACAACGCGUCUCACAUCAGGACAAGGAAUACCCUGGAACGCAGCUACGGAGUCCUAAAAUCAAGAUUUAGGUGCCUCGACACAAGUGGAGGAUCUCCCUUUUAUUCACCCACGAAGGCAUGCAGAGUUACGGUGGCUGUUGCAGUUCUGCACAACAUGUGUAUUAACAAUGGAGUCCCCAUUCCGGCGGACUGUGUCGAUGCCCGUGACAGAGGACGAAUUGGGCGCCCCCAGUACAUUGGUCCCAUCAAUGACGGAGUGACAGUGAGAAACAGACUCAUCAACAGACGAUUUGCUUAAAUUUGUACAUGUAUCUAUUUUAUCAUAUUGAUAUAUGUUUUUAAUACGCCGUUAUUCAUAAAUACAUGUAUAAUAAAAUUUGUGAGCAAUUUG